ACCGUCCAGAUAAUUCUCCGCUGCCUGUCUACAGAGAACCCUGCAUAGAUCACAUGACCACAUCAAUGAGGAUGGAGGAGGACCGGAGUCACAUGACUGAGAAGAUACUAAACCUCACCCUGGAGAUCAUCUACCUGCUGACGGAGAGAGUUUUCAUCUUGUGAAGUCAGGUGAUCAUAUGACCAUCACAGUGCCUCCAUGUGACUCCCUAAAACCUGAGAGACACGACAUGCAGAAGAUUCUAGAAGUCACCAAGAAGAUGAUGGAGCUGCUGACAGGAGAGGUUCCUAUAAGGUGUCAGGGUGUCACUGUCUAUUUCUCCAUGGAGGAGUGGGAGUAUUUAGAAGGACACAAGGAUCUCUACAAGGACGUCAUGAUGGACAAUCAGCCUGCCCCUCACAUCACCGGAUGGAUCCAGUCAUGGGAACCCACCAGAGAGAUGUCCCCGUCCUCUGUAUUCCCGGGAUUCCACACAGGAAGGUCACUCCAUCCCUCACCAUCAGCAGAGUGGAAACCUGAGAGACUCUAAAGCUGAUAUUAAAAAAGAGAUAAAAGAGGAGGAUGAUGAGGAUGGGGUGAUGGAGGAGUCAGAGUUUUUAAAUGUUCACAAAGAUCUGUACCAGGACACCAUGGUGGAGUCAUCCAGCUACAGGAACCAACCAGAGAGAUGUCCCCGUCCUCUGUAUUCUCUGGAUUCCACACAGGAAGGUCACACCAUCCCUCACCAUCAUCAGAGAGAAAACCCUGGGGAUUAUAAUAUUGUUGUUAAAGAAGAGUUUAAGGAAGAGGAUGAGCAUUAUGGUGUGAUGAAGGAGCUUUCAAAAGCGUACAAGGACGUAGAUGGAUCCAGUAAUGGGAACCCACCAGAGAGAUGUCCCCAUCCUCUGUAUUCCCGGGAUUCCACACAGGAAGGUCACACCAUCCCUCACCAUCAUCAGGGUGAAGAUCUGAUGAAGAUGAAAGUUGAGGGUGAAGUC